GGCUGCAGGAGGUAUCGGGCAAGAAGUCGUCUACUCGUUUGCCGAGGCUGGUGUGAAGGGUAUCUUGCUAGCUGAUAUCAGCACCGAAGGCGUUGAGGAGACUACGAGGAAGGCAAAAACCCUAGCUUCGAACCCCUCGUGUCGCUGCAUUGCUACUACAGUUGACGUCACGAGCAUCAAGUCCGUUGUAGAUAUGAUCGAUCUGAUGGUGAAGGAGUUUGGCAGAAUCGACUACUGCGUAAACGCAGCUGGUAUUGACACAGCUGUCUACUGCCCAAUGGACCAGACGGAACCUGAUGACUUCGAUCGAGUCAUGGCGAUUAAUACCAGAGGGGUGUUCUUUGUGAUUCGGGAAGUGGCGAGGGUGAUGAAGUCCCAGGAGCCGAUGGUAGUCAAUCUCGGUCGACACGGCAAUCGGGAUGUAGGCCGUGGCUCCAUCGUCAAUGUCUCUUCGACAAUGGCAGUCGUUGCGGUCGAGGGCAAGGUUUCAUAUGCGACUUCGAAACACGCCAUUACCGGCAUCACUAGGGCUGCGGUGAUGGACUAUAAAUCUUUUGGUAUCCGUACGAAUCAAGUGUGUCCAAUCUGGGUGAGGACGCCAAUGUUCGCGGAGGAAUGCCGUAAAGUUCCCCAGACACAACAGAUGGUAGAGGCUCUGUCAUCAGCCAAGAGACCAAUCGAGCCCGACGAGGUCGCUGCCGCUUGUUUAUACCUAUGUACCACUGGUGCUGUAGCCGUGAAUGGCCUUACCUUGACAAUCGACACAGGGCUUACGGCAGGGCCGAUGGUCAUCGCAGCUUAAGCCCUUGAGAUAGCGGUUUAGCAUUUUUGGUAAGCAUAAAGUCGAUACUGUUGGGGAGGAGGCAAGAAUGUGACGCAUAAAGUAAUUUGAAAAUAUAGAAGACUUCGCUUGAAAGGCUGAUCCAGUGUUGGUGGAUAUGAUGUUGCUGAUACAGGGAUGUCAUGUAACUAGAGAAAAAAAGCGAAAGAUAGGGGAAAAUGAUCAGUGGACUUGUGUGGUAACAGUGUAUAUCAGAAAGCACUGCCUUGGUAUGCGUGAAUACUGGAUAAGAGGAACAUAUCAGCUUAGACCCAAGCAGAAUGAAUAAUGCACAGAGGAGGCGGGUGGUUUAGGUGGGCCCUUGUGUGCGGGCGACCUCAUGAAUGCAUGCAAUGGGUAGUUUGUUAGAUGCUUGCGUCGUCUGUCCAACCAUAUCAGGCUGUGAUAUGCCUGUUGGUAAGCGAUGCCACCGGUUGGUGCAUCCGGACUAAUUAUAAUAUGGACUUAAGUACAUAACAUGUACUUCGCCC